UAGUGAUGCCAUACGGUCCGCGUCAGGAACACUGAAGCUUAUAGCGGCAGGCUUAUAAUGUCCACUAGUCGAUAUGUGCUUCUGCUCUCUAAUCGUCAAAUCAACUCGCUAAUGUCGUAAAGGUGGAUUCCAAUGCUCCAGAGACAGAGAAGGUAGCGCACAGAGCGGAGGAGCCAUGACUCUGACGAGAGGGUCGUUCACCUACACGACGGGGGAGGAGUACCACGGGGAGUGGAAAGAAGGUCGGAGACAUGGAAUGGGCCAGCUGAAGUUCUCAGAUGGAACGUGCUAUGCGGGACAGUUUGAGAAUGGACUGUUCCAAGGCUCGGGGGUGCUCCUCUUCCCAGACGGAUCCAGGUAUGAGGGUCAGUUUACCCAGGGGAAGUUCCAGGGUGCCGGCGUCUUCAGUCGCUUUGAUGGGAUGAAGUUUGAAGGAGAGUUUAAGAGUGGUCGUGUGGAGGGAUAUGGGUUACUGACGUUUCCAGAUGGGAACCAUGGUGUGCCGCGUAACGAGGGCCUGUUUGAGAACCACAAGCUGCAGAAGAGGGAGAAGUGCCAAGGGGUGGUACUGCAGGCACAGGGAGCUGCCUCCACUGCCCGCAGUCUGGCUCUAUGACCCUGCAGACACCCGAGACCCCACCAGGACACUAUGAGGAGUGGCUAGCUGUUCAGCAACUGGACUCAUCUUAGAUCCAAAAUGGUGGAACAAUGGGUCUCCACCAUGGCCAGGGUACAACAUCCUCAUAUACAGGCACUCGGGGAUGGACAACAGGGUCAUGCACCAGGGUUGUGGUGAUUCUUGAAUUUGAAUUAGCCACACUCCACAGAAAGAAGAAUUGAAUUUGAAUGAAGGGAAGUAUCAUUUAAUUCUAUGUAUUUUAUUUAAAUUCAAAUGUAUAAUUUAUUAUACACAUCACUUGGCCUAUGCGCAAUGUACAGUUACUAAUACUAUGUAUAACAUACUGUAGGUUAAACCUAACAUUACCUCUGAGUUAUAAUCAAGUUCAUAUUUUAAAUUGGGUUUCUUUGUAAUAAUAAGUUGCAUAUGCUUUUGGUAAAAUACAUGUCAAAGGAUUGAAACUUUCAUGUCUCAGUUAAAUUGAUUUGAAUUCAAUGUCUACUUCCUUCAAUUCAAAGUCUGCUUUCUGUGGGGUGUGGGCAAUUGAAAUAGAAUUUGGCAUUUCAUGGGUUGAAUUAAAUUCAGAAUUGACCCCAACCCUGUCAUUCUCGCUCUCUCUCUCUCUCUUUCUGUCCGUGUGUCUCUCUCUCUCUCUCUUGUCUCUCGCUCUGUCUCUGCCUUUCUGUGUCCUCCUGCUACACCAAUGCUGUUCUGCCUUCAAAUUGUAUUUGUCACAUGCGCCGACUACAACAGGUGUAAACCUUACCGUGAAAUGCUUACUUACAAGCCCUUAACCAACAAUGCAGUUCAAUAAAUAGUUAAGAAAAUAUUUACUAAAUAAACUAAAGUAAAAAAAAUCUAAAAGUAACACAAGAAAAUGUCAUAACAAGGCUAUAUUUUUUUAACCUUUAUUUAACUAGGCAAGUCAGUUAAGAACAAAUUCUUAUUUUCAAUAACAGUGGGUUAACUGCCUGUUCAGCGGCAGAACGACAGAUUUAUACCUUGUCAGCUCGGGGGUUUGAACUUGCAACCUUCCGGUUACUAGUCCAACGCUCUAACCACUAGCCUACCCUGCCGCCCCAUAUAUAUACAUACAUACUAGCCUACCCAUAUAUAUAUAUAUAGAGAGAUAGAUAGAUAGAUAUCUAUGUAUCUAUAUGUAUCUAUGUAUAUGUAUAUAUAUGAUCUGGGGACCCAUGUUUCCUGAGAGGGGAAAAGGUGUUGUCGUGCCCUCUUAACUGUCUUGGUAUGUUUGAACCAUAUUUGUUUGUUGGUGAUGUGGAGACCAAGGAACUUCAAACUCUCGACCCACUCCACCCUGUCGAUGUUAAUGGGGGCCUGUCCGGCCCUCCUUUUCCUAUAGUCCAGGAUCAUCUCCUUUGUCUUGCUCACAUUGAGGGAGAGGUUGAUGUCCUGGCACCACACUGCCAGGUCUCAUCUCCUCCCUAUAGGCUGUCUCAUCAUUGUCGGUGAUCAGGCCUACCACUGUUGUAUCGUCAGCAAACUUAAGGAUGGCGUUGGAGUCGUGCUUGGUCAGGCAGUCAUGGGUGUUCAGGAAGGGACUAAGUAUGCACCCCUGAGGGGCCCCAUUGUUGAGGAUCAGUGUAUCAGAAAUGUGGAUGCCUACCCUUACCACCUGGGGGCGUCCCGUCAGGAAGUCCAGGAUGCAGUUGCAGAGGGACAUGUUUAGUCCCAGGGUCCUUAGCCUAGUGAUGAGCUUUGUGGGCAUCAUGGUGUUGAACACAGCUGUAAUCAAUGAACAGCAUUCUCAAAUAACUGUUCCUUUUGUCCUGGUGGGAAUGGGCAGUGUGGAGUGCGAUUGAGAUUGCGUCAUCUGUUUGGGUGUUAUGUGAAUUGGAGUGGGUCUAGGGUUUCCGGCAUGAUGGUGUUGAUGUGACCCAUGACCAGCCCUUCAAAGCACUUCAUGGCUACUGAUGUGAGUGCUAUGGAGCGGUAAUCGUUUAGUCAGGUUACCUUCGCUUUCUUGGGCUCAAGGACUUUGGUGGUCUGCUUAAAACAUGUAGUUAUUACAGACUUGGUCAGGGAGAGAUUGAAAAUGUCAGUGAAGACACUUGCCAGUUGGUUUGCGCAUGCUUUGCAUAUAUGUCCUGGUAAUCCAUCUGGCCAGCGGCUUUGUGAAUGUUGACCAGUUUUUAAAGUUCUUGCUCACAUCGGCUACGGAGAGCAUGAUCACAGUCAUCUAGAACAGCUGGUGCUCUCAUGCAUGGUUCGGUGUUGCUUGCCUCGAAGCGAGCAUAAAAUACAGUUAGCUUUUCUGGCAGGCUUGCGUCACUGGGUAGCUUGCAUCGGUGUUUCCCUUUGUAGUCCGUAAUAUUUUUUUAACCCUGCCACAUCCGACGAGCGUCCGAGCCGGUGUAGUACGAUUCAGUCUUAGUCCUGUAUUGACGCUUUGCCUGUUUAAUGGUUCGUCUGAGGGUAUAGCGGGAUUUCUUCUAAGCGUCUGGAUUAGUGUCCCGCUCCUUGAAAGCCGCAGCUCUAGCCUUUAGCUCGGUGUGGAUGCUGCCUGUAAUCCAUGGCUUCUGGUUGGGAAAUGUACGUGCGGUCACUAUGUGGACGUCAUCGAUGCAUUUAUUGAUGAAGCUGGUGACUGAGGUGGUAUACUCUUCAAAGCUUCACCUUGGUGCCCACACCAGGGUUAUGGCUCUUACUACACACCAUUUUUGUGAUUUUCUGUCCACCAUUAUGGCUAUUCUGUACAUAGCAGAAGUCUAUCACCUCAACAAGGGAAGUGAAGGGAAACUGGGAUGCCUUUCAUUGUGUGGAACUGUGGUUGUGUGAAUUCACCCAGAAUUUACCUUAGAUGGACAUGGGGCAAACGGAACGCCUGUCUGCUCUGCUAGGAGGGGCUACUGACUCUACACAGCCUUGGGAUUGGUCUCUGUCUGUCAGUCAGGACUGUAGCAAAUUUCAGCAACAACAAUUGUCACCAUAAGCCUACAGUGUCUGAAAUGUAAAUUCUUGGAACUACAACAAGGACAAUGUUUCUGCAAUGAAACACACAACACAGUUACAGCAUCUCACUUUAGAACAGGAAAACCCUGCUUGCUGGCAAUCUUAAUGCCAUACUCCAUCUGACGCCUUUUCAGGUCAGCAGCGUGCUUAAUGUUACUGAACAUGACGAUAGAAUAACGACAGGUAUGAUUGUUAUUCAAGUAGAAUGGAAAGUAUGCAGUUAAAUGAGCUGUUACUUGUCAUUUAAUCUAUGUCUUAAUGCAUGUGUUUUGGAACCUGUCAGGCCACAUUGUUCUCUUUUGUUUUGAAAUAUCUUUGUCAGGGCUAUUUAAUGUCGGUCUUGGAGGGCUGAAACACGCACAAAUGUUUUUCUUCUACCUGGUAGUUAAUUGCACUCACCAGGUCUGAAUUAGUCCCUUAUUAGAAGGAGAGGGUGAAAAACAGAAGUGUUUCGGCCCUCCUGGACCGACAUUGAACAGUGCUGCUUCAUGAUAACACUGGCAGGCAGCUUCUCAGGUUAGCACCCCCCCCCAGUCUUGGUCUUGACUCCGGUCUUGAAUCGGUCUCACUUUAGGUCUCGAACAAACAUUGCCCGCAGAUGUAUUGUUUUGAAAACAUGGAAGUGUCCCAAAACAGGAUUAAUUUAUUAUUCACUAAAUAGUGGUUCUCACCUACAACAUUAAUCUGGAUUAUCAUAAUGGAAUUGCACUAUUUAAAGAAUCUAGCAUUUCAUUUAUCAGCUAUUGAUCAAAUAGGCAUCACUCUGGUGAACUAGUCCUAUACUGAGACUUAUCUACAAUAUGUGAAUAAUGACCUAUUGAUAUGUUUGUAUUGUAGAUAAAAACACACAUUUCACAUUUGCCUUAACAGGGUGUGUUGGAGAAAUUGUCUAAAUAGAGGAACUGUUCAUUGGAGGAGGAUCAAAAUUAACUUCUUCCUCCCCUCUGCCAUCCUCUUCUUCCUUUCCCCCCUCUUCUAUCCUCAUCCAUCCUCUUGGUGAUGACGGGAUUCAACUCAAAUGACUCCAGUGGUUUUCCACUCUAACAGCCUCUCCAAGGAUGUCAUUUGUAAGGAGAGAGUAGGUUCAACACUAUGAUUUUGACAGGCAUGAGUCCUUAGUUGCUUACAUCAUUGAUUCUUGAAGAAUAUAACUUAUAAAUUACUUAUGUGCUUAGUUUAACUUGCAUAACCAUCAGAACCCAAAUAUACACUUGUUUUAGUCUGUUUAACCUCUACAGGAUCGGUGUACCCCCGUGGGACGGUUGAGCUAACGUAGGCUAAUGUGAUUAGCAUGAGGUAGUAAGUAACAAGAUCAUUUCCCAGGCCAUAGACAUAUCUGAUAUUGUCAGAAAGCUUAAAUUCUUGUUAAUCAAACUGCACUGUCCAAUUUACAGUAGCUAUUACAGUGAAAUAAUACCAUGCUAUUGUUUGAGGGGAGUGCACAGUUAUGAACUUAAACAUUUAUUAAUAAACUAGUUAGGCACAUUUGGGCAGUCUUGAUACAACAUUUUGAACAGAAAUACAAUGGUUCAUUGGAUCAGUCUAAAACGUUGUGCAUAAACUGCUGCCAUCUAGUGGCCAAAAUUUAAAUUAUGCCUGGGAUGGAAUAAUACAUUAUGGCCUUUCUCUUCCAUUUCAAAGAUGAUGGUACAAACAAAUACAAAAAAUUGUUUGUUUUUUCUUUGUUUUAUCUUUGACCAGAUCUAAUGUGUUAUAUUCUCCUACAUUCAUUUCACAUUUCCACAAACAUCAAAGUGUUUCCUUUCAAAUGGUAUCAAGAAUAUGCAUAUCCUUGCUUCAGGUCCUGAGCUACAGGCAGUUAGAUUUGGGUAUGUCAUUUUAGGCAAAAAUUUAAAAAAAGGGGCGGAUCCUUAAGAGGUUCGUACAUUUAAACAAACACUGUACAGUCUCAAAACAUGGCUAAAAUGAAAAUUCAGUCCUUGAAUCCAUAGCUCUGUCUUUGAAUUUGAGAGUGGUUACAUUUCUCCAGACCCUCCCUUUGCUUUUUAGCGAAACGGGUGGGGAAUAUGCUUUGUUAUUGAUCCAAUUAAAGACUCCAGCUUUAACAGAACGAAUAGAGGGAAAUGCUCACACUCUUGCACAGUCCGUAUACUUCUAAAAACCAACGUAUAACAAAUGCAACAUUUCUGUCACAUAUCCUUCCCUUUGUCAAGACAUGAGGGAAGGACAUGGUUGAUCCGAUAGCAGGCUGUUUAUUCUCUAUGGUGUGUGUGUAUAGCAUUACAUGUGUGUCUUACAGUAUAUAUCUGUUAGGGGACAAGUGACACUUUAUAGGCUAGGGACACUUUAUUAACCAUUAAUUACACACCUAUGUUAGUUGUCAUUAUUAGUCAUAGGACGGUUGGUAUCUGUAUUCUGUGGGGUUGAAUUGUAUUCUACUAGAAUUGAUCAUGGCUAUAGUGUGAUGAAACCCAAAUGAAUCCAUUGUACAUUAACGGUUUACUCUGACUGAGUAAAUAUAUGGUUUUGUCGGUGGACAACUAGAGCCUUUACUAAAGACAAUGGAAUGAUUAGAUAUACAGAGGAUUUGGGAAGCAGACGUGUGUGUGUGUGUGUGUGUGUGUGUGUGUGUGUGUGUAAUGAGACCAUCAUUAUCAAGAUAUUCUCUGUUAUUCCCCAGAGGGUAGAAUGACAUGGAGAUCAAUGCUAUAUGGUAAGGACUUAUCCCCUAGGGAUUUAUGCUAAUAACAAAGACAAAGGGAUUGACAGGAGACGUCUUAUUGUUGACAUUCUGGCUGCUAAUUUGACAAUAAAAAGUACCUUCUAAUAAAUCUG